AUGUCGGCAAUGGGCUCCAUUAACCGCCUGCUUGGCCGGAAGCAGUCCACGCUUCCACCCUUCGACUUUGCUCGCAACCGAUUCCGCGCGAAGAAGACAUGGCCGCCCAACCUCCGUGAGCUGACCGAAAAGCAACAAUUCUACUUCGAGCGGAAGUUCAAACGCCGCACGAGGUUGAAGUCGAUCAAGCCUCUGUGGAAUAAAUGGACUAAGAUAGUGCAGUGGAGUUUGAUCAGCUUCAUCAUCGUGCACGGCAUCUUCUUCUACGACUUUGCAAACGACCCAAUGAAUCCACGCAAAGGCCAGCAGCCGUUCCAAGGGUUGAGAGACAAGAUGUGGGCGAUACUCGGCAACUUCUAUACGCAAAGUCCGUCUACGUUUGGGGUACCAGAGCGAGGGGCCAAAAGAGUGGAAGCCAUGGGCAAUCCUCGGGCAGGUGUGGAGGGAAUGGAUGAUACACGUCCCGUCACAAAGGCAAAAUAA